AUGCAAGCCAUGUCACGAGCCAGAGAAACGGAACAUCACUCCAAAAGUCACUGGUGGUAUGUCUGGAUUCCGGUGCUCAGCGCCAUAGUUUGGUUCGGUACCAUACUGGCGCUUCUGGCGACCUGGCUUGCGGAAGGUGGAACCCAUCGUCAACGAUAUUCGUCGCAGGACCAACCCAUAGCAUAUAUCUCAGAUGUCGGUGCCGACUUCCUGAAGCCUCUUUUCGUCGUUGGCUGCUCCAUCACGGCGGUGACAUUCUCCCUCUCCCUCGUCAUCGAGCGAUACCUGCGCCAUUCUGGUCGUCUUGUACCGACAAUGCGACGGCGGGAAACUGUCUUUAGUGUGCUCUCUGUCCUUGGUUCCAUCCUGGGAGGCGCCGGGCUCAUUCUGCUUUCGGUAUUCGACACCAAACGCCAUGUUAACCUCCAUCGCGGGUUUCUUCUCCUCUUUAUGCUCGGCGUUGCCCUCUCCGCACUAUUCACAGUCAUUGAGUAUCGCUGGAUCAGCAAAGACUACCACUUCAUCCGUCAGCUCAGGCAUGCCUACUUCGCCAAAGGGCUGAUCGCCCUUGUGCUUGUUGUCCUCGCAGUGGCUUUCGGGGUGAUGUUGUUCAAAGGGCUCAACGCUGGCGCCGUCCUUGAAUGGGCAAUCUCGUUCAUGUUCACGUUCUACUUGCUCACCUUUUACUAUGACCUUCGCCAAGCCAAAGGCGUGCAAAAGGGUCAGCUCAACGCACGAACUGUCCAGACUGAACGCCGAAGGGUUGGCGUUCGACAAUGGAGACGAUAA